AUAGCUGCGAGUGCGCUCUGAAGAGUGAGGCAAGCGUCGCAAACGCGCGGCGGCAGAAGGGAGAGGCACUGGUGAACGAGUACAAUUCAGGACGACUCAUAUUCUUAUUGUAUGGCCCCUUUAUCAUCCAUGAUGAAUUCUUUUCAAGGGCCACUCUCCCAAGAAGGAAAACUACAGGAAGGCAAAAGCGCAGACAAAGAGGAGGCACAAAGCAACGAUAAAGCGGCUGUCAAAGGAUGUAAAGGCAAGGCGCUGAGUCUUCCGUUCAGUGUGGAAUCUUUAAUAUCAGACAGAACAAGCACGCGGACUUUAUACACGUCAUCUGAAUCUGGUAUUAUAUCUCCGACCUCCGGUGGAGAUGAGCGGCUGAGGCUCUCGCCCAUUGCUCUUUACGCAGAUAGAAAGAUCCCAGUGGAGAGCGUCUCCAACCUAUCCGACUGCAAGAGAGGAGAUAUGGAAGAACUAAAUGACAAGGGACAGUCCGGCUGGUUUCAGACUCCCUCGUACACUUCUCCACCAAGGCACACAAGUCCACCUCCGUGCACCCUCAGAAAGCAUAAGAACAACCGAAAACCGCGGACCCCGUUCACCACCUCACAGCUGCUCGCUUUGGAGAGAAAAUUUCGUCAAAAACAGUAUCUUUCUAUUGCAGAGAGAGCGGAAUUUUCCAAUUCACUCAACCUCACAGAGACUCAAGUUAAAAUCUGGUUUCAAAACAGGCGAGCAAAGGCAAAAAGACUACAAGAGGCCGAACUAGAGAAACUCAAACUUGCAACCAAGCCAUUAUUACCUGCGUUCGCCUUUCCGUUCCCCCUCGGAACACACGUUGGUUCUCCACCCCUCUACGGACCGUCCAGUUCCUUUCCUAGACCUGCCUUACCAGUCCCAGGACUUUUUGGUGGGCCAGUGACCUACGGAAUGUAUUAUUUGUCUUAACUUUGUGAGCACGUCCUUCAGUUCACCGUCUGUAGCACGAGCGGUUCUGCCAGUCAGAAGACGAGUGAAAUACGAGCAAAAUAUGUUUUGUUUAGAGAACUCUACAGCAAUUUAAAAUAUAUUACUCUUGUGAUCUACACAGUUUAUUCCAAAAGUAUCGAGUCCACGAAUUGGCUUUAAAAGUGCAAUGAAUCUUUCCUGAAUACUUUAUCCUGUAUUAUAAGCAUACACAACACGCUAUGUGGCUAAUUGUCUUAGUCUCAGAGAAAAUAAUUUGAAAGAGAUCAUUUCUACUGAGGGCACCGCCGAUUUGGCAAGUGUCUAGAUCAGCAUCACUUGUUAAUGAGAGAUGCGCUAGAAAACACGUAGUGUGCUCUGAAAUGUAUACAUGGUCUGUACCAGUUCCAACAAAGCUCUUACAGAAAUUACCUUAUAAUUAUUACUAAGAUUUUUCUAACUUAAAGAGCUUGUUGCGAC